GCUCUGGUAAUACUCUGUUCACUUUAAUCGAUAUCUUUAUGUUUUUAAAAGAUAACAUUACACUUUCUUGAUUGCAGUUGCAAUGUUCAAUACUUUAGCGCGUCUUGUGUUACUUUUCAUUGUGAAAAUGUUUAGUUUGAAUACCUUUACUCACACACAUACACACCGGGUAAGGUUUUGUUUUCGACUUACUGCGCACACGCCACUUCCCAUCUUUUCCCUGUGUAGUUCUGGCAAGAAAAGAACCGGCACCAAACCGUCUUACAACUAGACGUUUUUGCUUUUUUUUUCUACUCAAAAAUAUGGUUUAUGUAGCGGUCGCUGUACGGCAUGGUCCUAACCGAAGGGUUGCCGAUUAUGAGCAACAACAGUACAAUGCUCUUGAAGAUUUGUUUUGUCUUGAACCUCAAACGCAUGUUUCUUGCGGCAAACUAGUUCCUGUGAGUGGCACGUAUUUAUCUUUUUCCAUCCAUGUGUGAUAUGAAUUACUAAUGAUCAACAAAUUGAUGCUCACGAUGUUGGUGUAGAUAUGUUUGGCAAAUGAACAACUGUUGAAGGAAAGCAAACAGUUAAAAAUGUGUUGAUUUCAAUACCUAGUUAACAUAAAUUAGUUUGGCGAUUUGCUCUCGAAUGUAGGUAUCAUUGAGAAUACCGCAUAAGUGCUAGUUUCGAAUUUCAUCAUUCUCAUGCAAUACUCGCGCAUUGAUUGAUAAAAACGCAACCGUUUUGCGUCACCCCGACGAAAGGUGUGGCGUUGAGGAUGAUCGUGUAUCGCAAUGUGUCUAGCGGGAGUCUGGAGCGUUUGUCUCUGAAGGUAAGUUUUUUUUUUUUAUUUUAUUAUCCAUGAAAUAUCGAGAACAACAUUAUGUGAAUAAUUAUGUUUACACCGUAUCAAUCAUUUUUGGUGAUGCGUCCGAAAAAAAAAAAUGUCGGCCCAUCAGCAAAAAAUCUUCUUUAUGUGCCUUCUGAUAUAUCGGUCCCGGUUAAGAUAAAGUGCAGCCCGGUAUGCUGCACCGAAAUACAACCAGCCUUGUGCGGUUGAACAAAAAGAUUCAAAACCGCGAAAAAUGCAGAAGAAUGCCAUUUUUUCCAUCGAAUAAACCGGGGACUUAUCAAUACGGCCAGGCCGUUCUAUCUAAAAAAAAACCGGGGACCUUCAGGGAUGCAAUACCCAUUUUCAAUGUAACUUACAGCAGAUUUUAUUAAACCAACGUAGUCUUCGAAUCGUUGAUUCGUUACUAUGGUGAUAAGAGCAUCAAAUUCCUUAGCUGCUAAAAAUCAAACCGUAGUCAUUAGUGUCAGUACCGUGUGGCUCAUCGGAGUAAAUUUUGUGGAAGGAAGAAUAUUGGCUGAACUCGUCUCUAAAAUGACAUCAUCGCACCGCAGUUCGGAUCGCCGGACAAGUCGUCGUUACAAAGACGAUAAUCGCCGUUCAAGAAGUGUGGAGCGCCGCCAUCGAAGUCGCCGCAGCCGUUCCGACUCAUGGGAUAAAUAUCAGCGCCGUUCGGAGUCUCGUUCGCCACGCAGAAGGUCCAACUACCGGAAGCAGUCCCCAUCCUCGAUGCGCUAUAAGAUACGUGUCGAUUCUCCAGAACCUAGCCGAUGCUUGGGAAUUUUUGGACUGAGUGUUUUUACCACGGAACCUUACCUUAAUCGAAUCUUCUGCAAUUUCGGUACGGUAGAGAACACGGUUGUGAUUUACGAUGCCAAAACACGUUUGUCACGCGGAUUUGGAUUUGUCUACUUCAAAACUAAAGAGGAAGCAGCGGUAGCCCGUGCGCAUUGCAACGGUCUGCAUAUACAUGGUCGACGAAUGCGGGUUGACUAUUCCAUUACCGAUCAGCCCCAUGCUCCCACACCAGGAAGGUAUAUGGGCAGAAAAAAUGGAAGCCGUUCUCCAUCACCACGGAACCGUUCGCGCCGUGAAAGCCAUCGUCAUAAUCGUCGGGCUCGCUCCUAUUCUGGUUCAUCUUACGAUAGUCGAUAAAUAGGAUAACUUGGAGCAUCCUGAACAUGAACGUAAGUCGAAAAAGUAGAUGCCUUGAAAACGAAACGAAUCACCUGUGUUGGUUAAAAAAUAUGUUUAGAAGUUUAAGAAAAAAGCAAAAGAAGAAGAAAUGCGCUUUUUGAUAUAUUUCCAAGUAAAAAUAGAACAUUAAGGGAAAAGUUCAACGUAUGCACAAUUAUUAGAAACUAAGGGGAACAUCGAAAAGCAUGAAAACGUUCCUUCUAGUGUACGAUAAAGGUUUGGAGAUGCUCACUGUUAAUUAAUCUAAUUUAAAUUUUAGCCUUCUGCAGAUUUCCUCUUUUUUCUAAACCCAAUUGUACACGAGCGUUUUUGUAACACUCUUUUUUUAAUUUUCAGGUUUUGGAAUCCAUACUUUAAUAGGAAGUUUCGUCAGAAAAAGAAACCCACGGAGCCAUUAUCAGAAGGAAACGACAUCGGGUUUCGUUUAGUUACCAUGAGGUUGUUGGAAAUACAUUUUAAUAAAAUAUAAGUUCUUUACUCAAGGACUAUGAAGUA